UUUUUUUUCAAUUGUGGUUAGGCAUGUUAAAAAAUUGCAGCUUUUUCUGACACUUCUAUCAUUUUAUAAAACUGUUGUAUGAUUUUGCCACAGUAUCUUUAAAAUAUUGUAUGAAGAUCAGUUACAAUGGCACGGAAGACCAGUCAAGCUGCGAAAAAAGACUCCGCUACAGAAAGCAAGAGUGAAGGACCAACGCCUCGGAGAUCUGGUCGAGCUGUUGCAAAAGCAGAACCAAUUGAGCAGAGCCAGAGUCGUAAGGAAGCAUCUAGAUCUCGUAGAAGUUCUACUGCAGCUCAAACAGCUGCUUCAGUUGCAGAUUCAAAAACACCUAAGGGUCGUACUCAAAUAGAAAGUACUCCUCCUUCGGAAGGACGUUCUAGAAGCAAUAGGGAAAGUGGUGAAUCACCUGCCACUAGAGUCAAGUCGGCUCGGAGGAGCGCAAGUCAUAUUAAUUAUAAAGAAAGUGAUGGAGAAGAAGAAACGGCAACUCCUAAGUAUGAUGAAAACUUUGAUAGUGCUGAAGAAUUGGAAGGAUCAGAAUCCGAUGAAAAUUCCAAACCUAAAGGUAGGAAUCGAUCUGUGAAGACUGCUGCCAAAAGCAAUGAAGUAAAGGAAAUACCAAGAAGUUCAGGUCGUCGCAAAGGUAGGACAACUAAAAAAAAAUCAGAUGAAGAGAGUGAAGUUGCAGAAGUUUCAGAUAGUGGUGAAAAUGUUGAAACUGAAAAUUCACCAGGAAACAAAAAAGUUGGUAAAACUCCAGCGAAGGCAAAAGAGCCUCAAAAAUCAGCCAGAGGUCGAAGAGCUAAAGUGGAACCAGAUGCUAAAAUAAAGCCUGUUGUUGAAGAGAAAGCAAAACCUUCUCGUAGAAGUGCAAGAGCAUCCUCUAGCAAAGAAGAAACUCCCAAAAAAAGACCAUCUCGUAGCGUACAAGCUAAAAAGUAUACAGAAGAAGAUGAAGAAGAAGAAAUAGAAGAAAUAGAUGAUUCAAAAGUGGAUGCAAGUAAAUCAGAUACUGCAGUGCCUGGGAAACGUAAAAGAAGCACAUCAGUUGAACCCAACAAACGUUUAAAAAAAGAUGUUUCGGAAUCAGAAGCUGAAAUCAAAGAAACAGAUGAUGUUGAAAAUGUUAAAGAAGAAAAGGAAAUAAAAGAUGGCUCUGAGUCUGAAAAAGAAAAAGAUGAAAGUGAAGUAAAAAAAGAAACUAAUGAAGAACCUAUGGAAGUUGAUGAAGUGCAAUCUAAUGAAGUAGAUGCUUCAGAAGUAAGUGAAAAGCCUGUUACUCCUGUAGAAGAGUUAAAGGAUUCUAAAACAGAAACAAAUGUAACUGAAGAAAAAAUGGAUAAUCAAGAAGAUAAAGAAAAUGAUACAUCUUUAAAAGAAAAAGUAGCUACAUCUGUUGAACAAGAAAAUGAUGACAGUGCUGAGCACGUAGAUGAAAAUUUGCGCAACUCUGACUCUGAGCAAGAAAGCCGAGCUGAUCAGUCCCUUUCUUCUGGUCUAGAAGACUCACAAGAAGCAAAAGAGGAUAAAACUAAUGAGCCUUCAUCAGAAAGUAAAACAGUUGAAGAGACAAGUUCUACUCAUGAAAAAGUUGAGUUAGCAUCAGAGCCCUCUAAAAAUUCCCAGCAAACAGAUGAAAAUUCAAAAGAACCGAAAACUGCUGCUACUGAGAAAUGUUCAAAAGAAGAAACUGAUAAAGGUUCAAAAGAAAGUGUUUCAAAGACGGAAAAUGCUCUUGAAAAUUCAAAGAAAGAAUCUAUUCAUGCAACAAAUGAAAAUUCUGUUUCAGAUGAGAAGAAAGCUACCACCAAUGAAACUGCUAUCAUCAGUUCACCCAACUCUGUGCAUUCCAAACAGUCAGAACCAUCGCUUAAUGGUCCCGAAAAGAGCUCUUUAGUUCCAAAUUCUGCACCAAUCAUUCACAGCAAUUUAAAUACUAACUUUGAAAGUGCAGAAAAUCCUUCUUCAAAAGCUAAUGGUGAACAUGAUAACAUGCAUACCAAUGCAAUUUCUCCUAAAAAGGAUCAGUAUUUUCCGUUACCUGGUCGUAAAUACAUUCUGAAUCCCAAAAUGAAUGAAGCUUUAAGACAGUCUAUAAAAGAUAAAACCUUUACCUGUGCUUCUUUCAAUUUAAGCACUUCCAGCUCGGAAGUCUGCUUGCAAAAAGAUAAACUGUUGAAUGAAUUAAAAUACCUUGAUGCUAAUAUCAUUUGCAUUCAACAAAUUUCAAAAACUUUCUAUAAUGGUGCACUUGAACCUAAUCUUCGUGGUCUUGGUUUUAAUGGAGUAUUUUGCCAGCCUGAAGAAAGUUUGAAAGGAUUAGCAACAUUCUACAAAACAUCUCUUUUUAAACUGAACAAACAUUGUGAAACAUCUUUGAAACAUCUCAUUGAGAAGGAACUUGAAGCUUCACCUUUGGAACCAAAUGACAGAGCUGCAGUCAGGGCACAUAUGAAAAGAUGUGGUAGCGUUCUUCUUACGAAUAUUACGACAAUUCCUGGAACACAUGCUAUUACAGUCGCAAAUGUGCAGGUUCCUGCUACAGACCUUAGCUUGCAGACACUACAGGUUUCUUGUUUGGGUAGAGAACUUUUUAGAAUAAAUGGAGGAACCAAUAGACCAUUAUUAAUUGCUGGUGAGCUUAAUAUAAAAGAAUCAGAAGCUGCGUACCAGUUACUAAGAGACGGGUAUCUUAGCAAUGAAAUGAUAGAAGAACUUAUGAGAAGAAAAGAUGUUGUUAUACCAGGAAAAGAGAAUGCUUCAUUGAUUAACCUUCUGUGGAAAUCUUUUCAACACCCGUCCUCAAAUUUAAGCAGCUGUUACCAAACAGUAUUGGAACAUGAAAUAUUCAUUCCAGAGAAGAAAGUCACAUCACCUGAUCUCUUAUGGUACAGCUCUGACUGCAUGUAUACUGUUGGUGUUCUUGAUUUUACUUCUGAUAAAUUAAAAUGAACAACAUUUUUCUCUCAAAGCUGAUCUAGCAUUUACCCCAUGAAAAAAUUUACUUUUUUUUCUGGAACUGUAAAAAUUCAUAGUUACCUAUGAUUUGUUCCUUCUGUGUCAUCAUUGAAAAAAAAUUAAUUGCUGAGAACUUUUUUAUAUACGAUUGAUACUUGUUUACAUUUUCCCUCAUUACAUUUAUAAACAUGCUCUUAUUAGUAAUUUGUUGCAAAUGUUAUGCAGCCCAAUGCAGUGGUUUACCAGUAAUCUGAAACUUCAUAUUACUUUAUAGAAGUUGAUUUUCCCCUCUUUUGUUCAUUUUGAAGAAAGACUUUUGCGUUCAUAUUUUUUAUAAAAUAUGUUUGACUUAUUCUUUCUUUUGCUUUAGCAAACAAAAUUAUGAGCCUAUUGUUACAUGUUUGUUGAAUAUUGUUGAAGAUAUUCUUUUAAUAGGUUUUGUUAUUUUGUUGAGCAAUUUCUGUUAAAAAUAUUGUUAAGUGAUUGUGUAAAAUGAAGAUAAACUUGGUAGAACUGUGUAAAACUCAUAUUGGACUUUUGCUGAUUUUCUUUUGUAAAAUGUAAUUAUUUGUGUAAAUAUUCACUUUUGUAAAAUAUGGAUUAUAUAUAUUUUUAUUUCUAAUUAGAUAAUGCAGAUGCAUUUUUCAAGUAGUUAUUUGAAUUGACAAAAAACAGCACAUGCAGAUAUUGACCUAUCUGAAAUCAUAGUUUCAGAUUAUUUGUAACAAGCUGUUUCAUUGGUAGCAUUGUGGCUUUAUUAGCAACAUUGUUCUGGACUUAAAAUAAUUGUGCCAUUUCUUUAUUGACAAGCUUGCUGAAAAUAAAGUUUGCUUCACUUUAAAGGCUCAUUUUCCUGUCUGCAUUUUAACAUUAAUCAUGUAGCUAUAAAUAUAUAUAUAUAUAUAUAUAUAUAUAUAUAUAUAUAUAUAUAUAUAUAUAUAUAUAUACUAUAUAUAUAUAUAUAUAUAAACACUUCAUUACUUGUAUUAUGUGCAUUUGUGAAAAGUCAUCUACUAGUUAUUAGGAACAGAAAUGAUCCUUUUAGAUUUAGUGUGAGUAGGGUUAAUGGCUAAAAUAUAUCUUAAUUGUAUAUAAAUGAAUUUAUCUUGAUUGAGUGUAAUAUGAUUUGGCAGCACAAGAGAAAAAAAAAUGUUUUUAACUAAAUUUAAGAUCUGACUUCAGAAACAGUUAACUUUUUUAGCCCUUACUGUUUUAAAGAGUGUCUCUGAUUGAAACGUAAGGCAUUGCAAUUUCAUGGAAUAUUUUUGUUACUUUAUGAUGCUAACAUGUAUGUACAGAAAAUCUAUCCAGAUAUCUCAUGUUCUAAAUUCAUCUUUUCAUCUCUUCAUAUUGUUACUGCAUUGUAAACUGUGUAUUCAUUGAUCUUUACAAAUCGAUGAAUAGAUCUAUCUGAUAUGUUUAUUCUCUAACAUUUAGAAUUUUUAUCCUAUUUGUAAUUUUAUUUGUUUCAUUGUGUGUUGUAGUAGGAAACUUAGAUUGUUCACAUGAAAAGAGCAUUGUUAUUUUAUUUGCAUAAUCAAAAAAGAAAAAAAAAAUUUCAUGUGGAAAUUGAAAACUCAUACAUAUAUUGUGCAAAUGAGUAGUAGUUUUUAUGCAAGAAAAAUAGGUGCUUCUGCCUUGACCAUGACAACAGCUUGCAUGCUGAUGGUGAUGUCCCCCCCCCCCCCCCCCAUAAUCUUUUCUUAGAACCAAGAGAAAUGUUUGCUAAAAUAAAAUUAUUCUCCGAAGUUAAAAAUUUCUUUUGCCCAAGAUUUUUUUUUUUUUUUUGAAAGAUUGUCACUAGAUAUUUAAUUAUGUGCAUAAUUUUUGAUUUGGGUACUGAAUUGAAACAAAAAUAUGUCAAUUUCUUAAAGCAAUUGAAAGUUUUAGUGUACUUCUUCUGAAAUAAUUGUUUGUAAGUAAAGCUGCAAUUUGGUAAGAAAUUGUUUCAAAACUAUCAUGAUUGCUCUUAGGUUAUUUAUGUAUAUUUAAUUUAUAGGGUUCAUCAAAAAAUUUAAUUGAUCCCAUUCAAUUUUCGUGUUAAAUGCACCUUGUAAGUUUAUUUGUGCAGCCUACAGGUUAAGCCUAAUAAUUUAGUUUUUUCUGUUUGUAAACAUUGACUAUUUGAAACAUUAAAUUUUCAUUUUUGCUUCUUUUAUCUCUUUCAAUUAGAAAAACAGAAGUGUACAAUCCACUUGCUGAAGCGGAGAGUACCAUGUGUAAACUGAAGAUUUGUUUUCACAUGAAAAAAGAAAUACAGACAUAGAAAUAUUUUGGUCUGAAAAAGAAAUAAAUUUUACCUAGAGCUAAAGUAAAUCCGUUUUAUAAUUAUUUUUCUUUAUUUAUUUUUUUUAUUUCAUUUUAUUUAUUUAUUUUAUUUUUUUAAUGAAGCCAGAAUAGUAUUAACAGAAGAAAUAGGGCACAGCCUUUUUUCUGUUUUUGAGACAGUCUAAUGCUGUUUUCGUUCCCUUUUUUUUUAUCUGCCUAAUUUUUCUGUUUAUAAUCAAGUGUCCUUUGUGAAUUCUUCCAAAACGUAUUUUGAAAGUUGGGAAUUUUUUUUUUAAUGAAGUGGAAAAGUAGUAUCCCUGUACUGUAAAUAUUUUUAUCAAAUUUUAUUUUCUGUUCUUGAAACAUUUUUGUAAUAUUCAAGUUUAAAAUUUUUGUUGCAAGUAGACCAUUCUGUCCUGAAGUUUUGAACUGGAGGAUUUCCCCCUACUCAUAACAUAGUUUAAAGAAAUUCUCUAGUAGUUGAUUUUCCUAACGGUCCCAUAGCUAUUGAUAAGCUUUUAAAAUGAGCUAUAUUUGUAAAUCAGGUGAAACAUUUUAACCAUAAUACACGUGUAACUAUAUGUGCACAUAUAACAUCCACGUUAAAUGAUUUUAACUAGUCAUGAAACACAUGUCUAAAAAUGUAAGACUAUUUAUACUAUAAAAAAAUCAUAAGCGGUUAUACUAGAAGUGUGAGAGCUUAAAAGUUUUUAUCCAGUUUCAUUCAUUUUUUUAAUCUUUUAACCCUCUGAUGGAUUUGGAAGGGCUGUUGAAAAGAUACAAUGUUUGUGGUUGAAAUUUCAAUACUGCCAUUUGCUUGUUGGAUUAAAAUAUUUCAUUGUGUGUCCCUGGAAAAAAAUAUAUUUGUACCUGAAGAAGUAUAUGACUAUUUAAAAGACCUUUUUUGUACAAAUUGCAUUCACAUCUCUCUCAACGGGUUAAGUCCCAUCCAUAACCAGUCUUUUCUGCUUUUCAGCAUUGAUAUUUACUUUGUUUUCUGACAAGUUCUUGCAUCUUCAUAAAAGGAUAUGACUCCAUGUUUAUUAAAAAUAAGUACAAAUACUAUACUUCAUUGUUGAGCAUUUUUAGAUUUUUGGUUUCCUUGUUUGAAUUAUUCAUCAAAGUUUUACUUUUGUUGUUAUUUACUUACUAACCUUUGAGUGGUUUUUAGGGCAGUAAAAUAAGAGGUGUUUAAAUUCCAUGUAUAUGACAUGAAUGUAUUAAGACUUUAAUAAGCCUUAGAAUUUCUAACCCUCUGCAGAAUUUCAAGCGUGCUGAAGUUUUUGUUUUUCCCUCUGUCUCAAAACAUAGUUUUGGGCUAAGAGCUUCUGACAGCCACUUUUACGUAUUGUGAUAUGUACUUCUCCCCAACAAUGGAUUACAUUUAUUAUUUUAUGCACACCUAUAACAUCGUACAAAAUAAGUACAAAUGCUAAUUUUGUUAAAUAUUUUGAGGUUUUUAUUUUCCUUGUUUAAAUCAAACUUUUACUUUUGUUGUUAUUUUAUAAGGCCAUUAAGUGAUUUUCAGUAGAAUAAAAGGCUAGUAAAUCAAAUUAUAUUUAAUGUAGGAAACAAUCUGUUUCAUAUUUCCUGAUAAAUGCAUGAAGUAAAAAUAGUUUAUAUGUGCUAAUUUUAUUACUGAAAACUUUUCUACGUGUCUUUUAGCAGAAUUUAAAAGCACUUCGUUUUUAACACAUUCGUAAAUUUUACAAGCUUAAAAUAAGUUUUAAAAGAAAGAUGAAAAGGAAUACUUGAUAAAGUUUCGUUAAUAUGUGCUUUUGAUCUAAUGAACUUUAAUUUUUUAGUUGAGCAAAAAAAUAUUAAAUUAUUCAAAAAUAUCUACUUCCUAAUGUUCUAGGUAAAAUUGUGCUACUUGUUCCUUUUGGUCAUUUUUAUUUUUACCUUUUAAUCCAUGUUAUGGGCAGGCCCGGAUCUGCGUACCUACAGUGAGGGGGAGGACUGGAGCAAUGGUCUCAGAAAUUGAAAAAACUAGCACUAAGACUUAUUAACAUCGCAAAUAUACACUGCUGGCUUUUGGGAGGGCCGCUACAGCGUUUGUUGCAGGGGGACCCAAAAUUCACAGAUCCAGGCCUGGUUAUGGGCUUUGUCAUUGGAUAGUUUAUUUUGAAUAUGUAUGUAACUGCAUUGAAGGAAAAGUUUUAAAAUUCAUAAUAAAUGGUAGCAUGUAUGUUUUUAACUUUCUGAAGUAAACUGUUGCAUAUCCCACCCCCUUUUUUACCUUAAUGUUUGUGACAUAAACCUAAUUAUGUGGGGGGGGGGGUCCUUUUCUUUUCUCUCUUUUUUACUAAUGUUUCCCAUUCAUAGAGUACAAAUGUAUGAUACCCACUGUCAUUAGAAAUCUUAACUUUUUUAGACCCUCAGUUUGUACCUCAAUUGUUUCACCAUUGUUUUGAUGUAAGUGAAGCAUUUGAUUUUUCUUCUGAAAUUUGGUGAUGCAUUGUUGGUUGAUCAUUCUACUCAUUUAAUUGUGAUUUAGGUUGUACUUAUGCACUGCUCUGAGAAGUAAAAACUUUUUCAAAUUCUUUUCUAGGUGAAAGAAUUAAAAUGCAAAAUUUUUGUAGUAAUUUUUCAUUCAGAGUUAUACAUAUUGUACAAUGAAAAAUCACAGCACAAAUUUUUAUAAUACUGUUGUGUACUAUCUAGGAUUCACAAAACUAUUAACGAAACAUUGGUGUAAUAAGGUUUAAAAAAUAUUUUCUGCAUUUUUGGGAUUGUAUGGUCUUAAUGACAUUUUGCUUUUAAAUAAAUCAUGUAAGUUUAGUUUCAAUAAAUAUUAUUUUACUUUGCGCCA